AAUUAUUCGAGAUGGAUACGUGGUACGAUGAACUAAUUCAAUCGACAUCAUUAGCUGUUGGUUUUUUACAUGAAGCUGAAGUCGAGGACUCAUUGCUGCUAGAAUUAGCCACAGAAAGGGUUCCAAAACACGGAUCACGUCCAGGACGAAGAGCAAACAUCGAAAGAAAUUUUCAAUCCGGACACGAUUCACUAUAUCAAAUGUAUUUUUCUCAAAAUUCCACAUUCGACGAAAAAACGUUUGCUAGAAGAUUUAGAAUGUCUAAGAAAAUGUUUUUGAAAAUAAUGGAAAAUUUGAAUGAAAAAUUCGACUACUUCAAACUUCGCCGGGAUGCUGUUGGUAAAAUUGGCCUUAGCCCCCUGCAGAAAUGUUCGGCUGCGUUGCGAGUGUUAGCCUACGGAUCGGCGGCUGACUCUCUAGAUGAGGUAGUGCGAAUCGGUGAAUCGACCGUGCUUGAAACGAUGCGAAAGUUUUGCGAUGGGAUUAUUGAUAUUUAUGAAGAAACAUAUCUGCGACUGCCUAAUGCCAAAGAUGUUGAUGAAUUGAGGACCGAAAAUGCGGAGCGUGGUUUCCCAGGAAUGAUUGCAUCCAUUGACUGCAUGCAUUGGGUAUGGAAAAACUGCCCUGUAGCUCUUAAAGGACAAUACCAAGGCAAGGAAAGAAAAGCCACAGUUGUUUUAGAGGCUUGCGCUUCGCAAGAUGGACGCAUUUGGCAUUGCUUUUUCGGUACUCCGGGGAGCUGCAACGACCUCAACAUUCUAGAUCGAUCUCCACUUUUGAACAACGUGUUACAGCACAACUUCCUUGGAGGAGCCUGGACUAUGCAGGGAAGAAGCUACGAUCGGGGGUAUUUGUUGGCGGAUGGCAUUUAUCCUGACUGGACAAUUUUUGUUAAAACCAUUUCGCAGCCACAAACUGCAAAAGAGAAGUUGUUCGCAAAAGAGCAAGAGUCUUUACGCAAAGACGUGGAGCGAAGUUUCGGUAUUUUGCAAGCUUGUUGGCAAAUAUUGGUGAAACCGUGCAAAUUGUGGGAUCAGCACUCGAUGAUGCAAGUUAUUAAAACAUGUAUAAUUCUUCAUAACAUGCGCAUCGAGUACAAAAAAGAGCUGUCUCAUAUGACAAGUGAUAACUUUGAACCGCUACUCACAACUGAUGAUUUGCAAGCAGGUUUCACGCGCUAUUCGCCAUACCAGGGCCGGGUGAUGGAAAGUUCUCCACAGACCAAGCGGUUACACCUCUAA